GGGCGGGGGAAAGGGGCACCAACAUGGCGGCUCCAUAUUAACUUUCCCCCCCUUCGGCAGUGGCUGCCACCGCCGGCCGUCCCUCUCUUGGGUAACCGUCAUGCCGGGCAUGAUGGAGAAAGGAGCCGAGCUCCUGGUGGGCGCCAAGAACAGGGCGGCCCCCAACGGCACCAAGAACGGCGGUGGCGGCAGCAGCCCCGGUUCCAACGGGAACUUUUUCGAGCCGGAAAGCGGCGGCGGCGGCGGCGGUGACAGCGGCGACGAGCACGAUGUAGGAAUGAGGGUCGGAGCAGACUAUCAAGCUCGCAUCCCUGACUUUGAUCCUGGUAAAUAUAUAGAUAUAUAUUUAAAAUAUAUUUGUAACUUGAUAUCUCUGAUGUUUUAAAAAAUGGGAG